UUUACAAGUAACGUCAACGUAUAUAUGUGGAUUGGAGCAUAUUUUUUUUUUGUGAAACUAAUUCGAUGUUGGAAGUUCUUUUGUUUCAUUUUUUUUUUAAUUCGUAGUCAUCAUCGUUCAUGUGCGGACAAGUGAAUAAAAAAAUGAGUAUUUCGGAUACAGUGAGAGUAUUAACAGAUGCUUGCGAACAAUUUCGACACGAUCUUCAAAUAAUUACCGAUCAAACGGAAAAACAAAAACUAGUUCUACGCCAUAUAAAAACAUUUGCUAAUGCUGAAGCUUGUAUAAAGGACUUCCAAAAAGGCUUGGAAUGGUUCAAUGUCUCCGAGAAUCUCUCUAUGAAGCAACACCUCCAUGGCAAAAUAGUUAUAUUAGACUUUUUUACUUAUUGCUGUAUCAACUGUAUGCAUAUUCUACCUGAUUUGGAAGCGUUAGAAAAAAAGUUCUCUAUAGAGCGUGGUUUAGUUGUGAUUGGUGUUCAUAGUGCAAAAUUUUCUAAUGAGCGUGAUUCAGCAAAAAUAAGGUCAGCUGUGCAAAGGUAUAACAUAAUGCAUCCUGUUGUUAAUGAUUCAACACUUUCGAUGUGGGAAGCUAUUGGAGUGAUGUGCUGGCCAACAAUGAUAAUGUUAGGUCCAAGAGGACAACCAUUAAUGGUUACAUUAGGCGAAGGUCAUAGAGAAGAAUUAUUUUUAUAUACAAAAGUUGCACUUGAUUAUUUUACAUCAAUAAAUGAAAUAUCUAAUCAUGCUCUUCCUAUAGCACCGGCUAUACAUUUGUUACCAGCUUCAACUGAUCUUUUACGAUUUCCUGGCAAAGUAGAAAUGUAUUCUUCUGAAACAGGAGAAAAAUUAAUUGUAUCGGAUACUGGCAACAAUAGAAUUUUAAUUGCAGAUAUUAAUGGAAAUAUAGAGCACGUUAUAGGUGGAUACGAUGCGGGCUAUAAAGAUGGUAGUUUUAACAAAGCCAAGUUUAAUGCACCCCAAGGUACUUGUGUACUGAAAGAAAUGAUAUAUGUUGCUGACAAUGAAAAUCAUGCUAUUCGAAGGAUUGAUCUGAAAAAGCAAACUGUGACUACUGUGGCAGGUACAGGAAAACAAGGUCAUGAUUAUAUAGGAGGUAAAUUUGGAACAGAUCAAGAACUUUCUUCUCCUUGGGACGUGGCAAUAUACUAUCAUAAUAGUGACAAAGUUACUGUACCGAUUUUAUUGAUCGCAAUCGCAGGCACACAUCAAAUUUGGGCACUCUUUUUAGAAGAUACUAUUUGGUGGAAAAAUAAAUCAUAUCAAGCUGGUAUGUGUGCAGCUAUUGUUGGAAAUGGUCGAGAAGGGAAUCGUAAUAAUUCGUAUCCACAUGCAGCAACAUUGGCUCAACCUUCUGGAAUCACAAUUGCUCAAGAAUAUAAUGCUGUAUAUUUUGCUGAUAGUGAAAGUAGCAGUAUCAGAGAGGUUCAUUUAAAAGAUGGAAAAGUUUCUACAUUGUGUGGUGCUGAUAAAAAUCCACAGAAUUUACAUGACUUUGGAGAUAUGGAUGGCACUCGUCAUACUGCAAAACUUCAACAUCCUUUAGGAAUAAUAUGGAAUUCUAUUCAACAAGAAACUUAUAUAGCAGAUACUUACAAUCACAAAAUUAAAAAAGUAGAUCCCACAGGAAAUUGUAAAACACUAUAUGGUGCUGGGAAGCCAAAUAAAUCAUUCAUUUUCAACGAACCAAGUGGACUUGCGAUAAAUAAUAGCGCUGAUACUUUAUACGUAGCGGAUACAAAUAAUCAUUCUAUUAAAGAAAUCAAUUUAAAAAAUAAUACUAUUUCGUCCAUUUCCUUUGUUCUUCCAACCAAAGAUAAUGAUAAGGAUAACUUUGAUGAAGUGUAUUCUUUUAAUACGAUCAUUGAUACAAAUGGAGGUGAACUUACAAUCACAUUUGAUUUCAUAUUUGAAGAUGAUUUGAAAUUGAAUUCUGAAGCUCCUCAGAAAUGGUCGUUGUCGUUACCAAAAGAUACUUGGUUAGCCAAAUCUUUACGUGGCUCGCUUGCAAUACCAACGUCAAUUCAAAUUCCUAAGGGUUCUGAAAGUAAUGAUAUACGCUUAUUCUUAGAUAUAAUAACUUGUAAUGUUAAUGAAUGUAUACCAAAAAAAAUAUUGGUAGUAUUUAAAGUGGAGCAAAAAAUUGACGGACCUCGGACUGUCGCAGAACAUAAAAAGAUUGUAAUAAAAAAAUAACAGAAAAGAUCAAUUAGUUGAAAUUUGAAGAAAAUUUUACUAUUUGUAAUAGGGCAGGGUGUCUGAGGUUUUUUGUACACACGUUGUCAGCGUAUUUUACGCUAAAAAAUAAAACCAAAAUGUUUUAUAAACAUAAAUCAUUUGAAACUUUAUUAAAAAGUUAUAAAAAAUUGUACAAAUAUUUAAAUGUACUGUCCAAAAUAUUGCCCAUCUACGCGAAUACAAGUUUAACACUGCUGCAGUAUACUGUUUCUGACAUGAGGAGUUUCGAAUGACUUACGUUUAUAGAUAUUUUGGCCUUAUUUUUGAAUGUAGAAUAUGAAAAAACCUCAGAUACUCUGUAUAAUAUUGUUAUUACUAAA